UACUUCUGUCCGCGAGUAGUGAACCUCCCGUCAGACCCAAAGGAAGUAGUCAAGAAAUAGGAGCCUUGAAGUUGCGACCGUGUUUAGUCUCAUCUGACCGCCUUUACUUGGCCGCCUAUGUUUUAAGCCGUACGCCAUGGACUCGCCUCGGUGUUUUCCACGAGAAACGCUAAAGGAACUUAUGACCUAACGGCUCAGAACAUCUAUCUCUCUUCUCUGGGCUGCCUGGCGCGCGGUACUUCCAGUACGCUGUUUGUUGCAGUGGGACUUCGGUUGCGCGAGGAGCGCUCGCACUUCUUUUGUCGUAUUCAUUUCAACCCGAGGAUACUUCUUUCUUUGCCUCUACUGAUGGAAAGGGCUCUGUGCGUGGCAAACAGGCAGCCCCUGAGGAGCACGUGAGGAGCGUUUCCGGAAGCAUCUCGCCCAGCUCAGCCCAGCAGCGUGGCCAAACAAACAUGGACUGUUUCCCCGUGCUCUAUUUCCUCUCGAGACAUCAUGAUUGCUGGUAGUCGAAUGCUGAUGGUCGUCCUGCUGUGCCACGUGCUGCUGGGGGGGAGUGAGAGGUGCCAUGCCAGUCUGAUCCCAGAGGAGGGGAAGGCUCCUUUGAGCCCUGUGAGCCCCACACGCCUGUCGCUAGCGCCCUCCGUCUCCGCGGGAACCGCAUCCUCGUCGUCGGGGUCGUCGCCGAGGCCCAGCCAUGAGCUGCUGCGGGACUUUGAGGCAACGCUGCUGCAGAUGUUCGGUCUCCAGCGGCGACCGAGGCCGAGUCGCGCCGCCAUCGUGCCGCAGUACCUGGUGGACCUGUACCGCCUGCAGUCCGGCGACGUCGACGACACGCUCGCACCCGUCACCGAGGGGCCUCUGGGGGUUGCUGGGGCGACGGUGUCGGAGUCGGCGGGUGCGGGGGCAGGAGCGGCGGCGUUCUCUUCUUCAUCGGCGACGGCGGAUGGGCUGCCGCACGAUGGCGGUUUCGAGUACCCCGAGAGGUCGGCCAGCAAAGCCAACACUGUAAGGGGAUUCCACCACGAGGAGCACCUUGAGGAGCUUCCGGAGGAGGGUCCAGGUGUGGAUGGCGGCUCCACUCUCCGCUUCCUCUUCAACCUCAGCAGCAUUCCCGAGGAGGAGCUGCUCUCCACGGCCGAGCUGCGCAUCUACCGCGAGCGCAUCGAGGAGGCCCUGGUGGGCUCGGGCUCCCUCGGUGGAGGGGAGGAUGAACUGCACCGUAUCAACGUGUACGAGAUCCUGAAGGCGCCGCGGGCGGGUCAGCUGAUCACACGGCUCCUGGACACUCGCGUGGUGCGGCACAACGCCACGCGCUGGGAGAGCUUCGACGUCAGCCCGGCCGUGCUCCGCUGGACGCGCGAGGGGCUGCCCAAUCACGGCCUGGCGGUGGAGGUGCUGCACCUGAACUCUACUCCCAGUCAGCAGGGGCGCCACGUGCGCAUCAGCCGCUCGCUGCACCAGAAGCCCGGCGAGGACUGGGGCCAGCUGCGCCCCCUACUGGUCACCUUCGGCCACGACGGCAAGGGCCACCCGCUCACGCGGCGCCGCGACAAGCGCAGCCCCAAGCAGCGCGGCCGCAAGCGCAACCGCAGCUGCCGGCGACACGCCCUUUACGUGGACUUCAGUGACGUCAACUGGAAUGACUGGAUCGUGGCACCGCCCGGCUACCAGGCGUACUAUUGCCACGGCGACUGCCCGUUUCCCUUGGCCGACCACCUCAACUCUACCAAUCACGCCAUCGUCCAGACGCUUGUCAACUCCGUCAACACCAACAUCCCCAAGGCCUGCUGCGUCCCCACCGAGCUCAGUGCCAUCUCCAUGCUGUAUCUUGAUGAACACGACAAGGUGGUACUCAAGAACUACCAGGAGAUGGUGGUGGAGGGAUGUGGUUGCCGCUGACAACAGAUGGAUGGAUGGAUGCAUGGAUGAAUGGAUUGACGCAUGGAUGAAUGGAUGGAUGGAUGGAUGGAUGGAUGGAUGGAGUUGGCGAGCGCUGUGUGUGGGCGAGCGCUGUGUGUGUGUUUGUGUGAAGCGAGCUGUGGCAGAGACACAGCAUGACAAGGUGUUGCUCAAGAACAACCAGGAGAUGGUGGUGGAGGGAUGUGGUUGCUGCUGACGACGCAUGGAUGGAUGUAUGACUGAGGUGUUCCUCUGCCCCUCUGGUCUUGAACUCGCCACCUCCUAGUCAAGGCAUCGGAGGCACAGCAGGAUACCGCUGAGCUAAAGGACCAGUUCAAUAGGUCAGCGCUACCGAUACUGUAUGAAUCUUCGGGAGGGAGGUUUACUAACGUUCCAUGCCACACUCUGCUUGUUGGCCUCCAUUACGGAUGGAUGGAUGGAUGGAUGGAUGGAUGGAUGGAUGGAUGGAUGGAUGGAUGGAUGGAUGGAUGGAUGGAUGGAUGGAUGGAUGGAUGGAUGGAUGGAUGGAUGGAGUUAGCCUAGCCUCUGUGUGUGUGUUUGUGUGAAGCGAACUGUGGCAGAGACACAAACUGAACAAAGACACUCAAUUCAGACAAACGUCUCUCUCUCACACACACACACACACACACACAUACACACAUACACGCACACACACACACACACACACACACACACACACACACACACACACACACACACACACACACACACACACACACACACAGGCUCAUAAACAUACACAUAUACAAAAACAUAUACACAGACACAGACAUAAACAUCCACUCAAGACCUGAUUCUUCACCUGGACUCCUUAUUUAUAACUUGUAUGUUCGGAUGUUUGUGUGUCUCAUCUUUCUUUUUGUUUUCUCAACCAUAUGAUCAUAUAUUUUGACAAAAUAUAUAUAUUUAUAUCGACAUAUAAAAAAAUGAGUCCUUAUUUUAAACACAAAUGAAAACAAAACUGUACAACUUUUCAUAAUGUAUAUUAGAUUGUAUAAGGUUUUUUAAUGAGAAAAUAGUUAAAAAGAAGAAAAAAAGAGCAAAGUAAAGUUUAUUUACCGGUAAUAUUUAUUGCUUUCUUAUUAUACACAUGUACAAGGAUAGAGGGUUUCUCUACAUAAGCGUCCCUUCAAUCUGUCAUCUCAAGCAGAGGAGUCUACAGAAAACAACAUUUGUGUACUUAAAUUAGAGCACUGUGUGAGGUUAUCAAAGUAUAUCUACUAUAUAUUUUAAAUCAUUGGAAGUUAUCUGAAAUGUGUAUUGUUUUUUUUUUUAAUUCACCUUUUAUUUUUACAUUGCCCCUUAGUCAUUUUUAGAACUUCGUUGAAGAAUUGGUCAUUGUGAUGUUUUCAUUCCUAGAAAAUUGUAAGCCAGAAAAAAAAACAUGAAUUUCAAUUAAAUAAAACAAUUCUAGGCCCAUAACUGUAUUAGUUAAGCAAUGUGGUUUUGGACUGAUGUUUUUUUUCUAUUUUGUCUGAAAACAUUAUGUUGAG